UUCAGUCUGGAGUCGCUCGCGACGACGAGAGAUAAAUAGAAACCUUAUCGUUUUUAUUUGAGAGGAUUCCGGCUCUCCUUCCCCUGGUCCCGGUCCCGGAGAGCCGCUAACGCCUGGGUCUGCUUCUAGGGCAUAAUGGAUGAGACCUGUCACUAGCACUUGAUGAAGAUUUGGAUUGACUCCUGAAACUGAACCAUGGAGGGUAGCGAUGAAGGGUCUGUGACCAUGACACAGUCCCAGACGGACGUGUGCAGCGCUGACGUGGGAGGGGGAGAAAUCCCCAGUAAAGUGGAGGAUGGAGUAAACCCGCUCAGUCCCGCUGAGUCCUGUGGUGGCAGUGUGACAGGACUGAGCAAAGGCGGGCUCUCUAACCGUGUGGAGCCCCCUGCACCACCAGUUGUGAGCCCCACUGCUGAAUCGCCGGGAGGCGUGGCGCUUAAAGUCGCCACGACCGUGCUGCACCCUGUGUGCCUGGGGGACAGCCCUCUGAUGCUGCCCAUUCACCUCCAGAUGGCCGGAGCAGCCGGAGCGCAGCUUGGCCAAAUGGGGGCAGCACCGUACUUAAUAACAAGCCAGAAUCCUGUUUCACUUCCCCUGGUCCUGGAUCAGCAGGUCCUCCAGCACAUGGGCCCCUCCGUGAUUCCUCAGAGCACUAACUGCCCUCAGCUGCCCCUCCAGAACAACGUCCUGUGUCCCAAUCUGUUUGGUUUGCCCCCAGCGGUGGACCAGAAGACAGCAGGACAGACGCAGGAUGCCAACCUUCUCUCUCUCCUGCAGAAUCCAGCUUUUGCGGCCAUCCUGCAGGAUCUCUUCCCGUCCCAGGCCAGUUCAUCCACCUGUCAGUCACCGGGCUCCACCUUCUUCCCGCUUCCUCCCCUCACAGCUCCCUACAGCUCCCCUCUGGCCCCGUUAGUCCCUCCUGCCACACUGCUAGUACCCUACCCUGUCAUCAUCCCACUGCCAGUGCCUCUGCCCGUCCCUCUCCCCAUCCCCAUCCCUGUCCCUCAGGCUGAGGAUUCGAAGGGAAACAUGCCAAAACCGGUUUGCACUGUGAGUAAAAGCACUCAGACGUCUCCAAAAGAUACUACCUCUCCUUCGUUGUCUUCACGCAAAUGUAUGCCAUCAUUCCAGCGGCCAAAUGUGUCCCCGUCCUCGCUUCCUGUAGAUGAAGGACAGGCUCUGGACCUUUCUGUCAGAGCAUGUCCAGUUGAACUAAAACAGGAGUACCCCAGUCCUCAGCAGGACAGCGUGCUUGACUUGUCAGUGCCCGCUGGGAGGAAAAAGUGUGUUCAGUCCGACAGAGAAGCAGCGUUGCAUUCUGGCCAAGAUGCCAGCGGCACGUCUUUGUCUCUGGGUGUUGAAUGUACUCAGAGUUUAGAUUCCAAACUCCUGGGCAGUCUGGCUUCACUGGAGUUCAGCCGGCAGCAUAAGUGGGUGGUUGACAGCAGUGCCGGUGGGUCGAGUUCUUUGAGUCAGCAGGCGUCUCUGAGCGGAGCCGGCAACCUGGAGAUAGUCAGCACCUCGCAGACGGCCAAAGUCAUCGUCUCGGUGAAGGAUGCCAUCCCCGCCAUCCUCUGCGGAAAGAUCAAAGGCCUGUCGGGAGUCUCCACCAAGAACUUUUCCAUCAAACGGGACGGCAGCCAGGGGCCGUCUUUGCAGCAGCUCUACGGAGUGCCGUCUGCGUCCCACGGCGAGCAGCACGACCCCAACAACCCGCAUAAGAAGCUCCCGAAGAACCGAGCAAUCAAACUGAAGAAGGUCAGCUCGCAAGAGAUCCAUUUCCUGCCCAUGAAGAAGCAGAGACUCGCAGCGCUGCUCCCCAGGAAGUGAGGGUGCUCAGACCAGGAGGAUUAAUUGCUUGGACCGCUCUCUGGUAAUCCCUCCACAGCGUGGGACAUGAAACACGUGUGGGGACAUUUCUGUGAUCAAACUCAUACACUCCAAAUGUUGCAUAAGCUGAGGCUCAUGAAUGUGUGACACAGAAAUCAUAGAAAUGCGUUCCGUUGGGAGUUUUCAGACUUGUUUUUAUGUAAUGCACUUCCCUCCAGUGUUCUACUCCAGCGGGAAUCUUUUUGUGUAUGGCAGCUUAAUGGGCGCGUGGCUUUGGAGAUGGUCUUUAUAAAUCAGAGAUGUUGAGGGAACAUUUUUUUGACUUUAUAAUUACAGCAAACACAUGGGUUCUAUUUUUCCAUUUGGCAUCAUGGUUUGUUUCCACAUGUAACUUUUAUUGAAGUGCACUGAAGACCUAAAACCAAUCCUGAUCCGAGCAGAGCAGGAUGUACUGGCAGAGACUGUUCAAACAUGUCCCAUGGUCGGAAUUUCCCAUAGUCAUCAGUCGCUCACUGGAGCGAUUCAUGCUCUGAUAGGGGUUUAGCAUGACAGGCUAAUAAUGACUUGGCAAAGCCAGAGCCACGAUUUCAUAAAAAAGAGCCUACAUGUUGGCAACAGCCCUCAGUCGUGACUAAAUACAUUCUUUUUUUGUUUAAGGGCAGGGGGAAAAAAGGGACGUCUCAAUUGUCUUCAAAUUGAAACAGAACUUUGUAAAGGCCUGUCCAAAUAUAAGAAAAGUAUUUCUGGAAAAAAGCUAUUUUAGUCGCUGGCUGAAUUAGCCGUCUUUGAUUAGCUGGCAGUGCUUUAAAAUACCAGCCAACGAGGAGAAAACCCCUCACAGCAAGUGCAUGAAACCCUAGAGCCCCCUGCUGUGUCCACUAAAAGACCAAUGACGAGAAUGUAGGUGGACGUUUUAAUAUUGUUUUCACCAGUUAAUACAACUUAGAAUGUGAAGAAGAGAUGACGUUAUGAAGUGAACAGCCAGAUUAAAGAAGACAUAAAGAGAUCAGUGAGAGAAGAUACUGGAUUAUUGUGAAGUGUGAUAUUAGUCUGUAGUUAGAAUCAGUACUAGUGAGACCCCCCACCCCUGUCCCAUUGUUAUGAUCAGACUUGUGAAUGUGCGAGUAUUGUUGUGUCAGUUUAUUUAUCCUCUCGAGUGCACUUUGUCAUAGUUUAGUUGAAGACGUUCCAGGGUUUCCCACCUAUUCUGCUCAGACUGUGCGUCCCCUGUUCUUUAUUUAUACUGAUGUACUUUAACACUCCCUGCUCCUCUUACUUUAACUCACGUCUGCAGGCCAUUCCACAGAGAGCUCUUGGUUUAGUAGUUUGAACUGAUCACUUUGGUUGUACAGGAUUACACCCUAAUUUAUUCUUUGUACAACUUUUAUUUAUAGUCUGUAUAUAUGCUGGAUGGUGAGUUAGGAGACAGUGUGACUGGAUAUUAAAAUAAACCUGCUACCUGUCAGUCUCUGGAAGCACUUGUUGCUUCUUAUUUGCGUUGUGUCAGUGAAGAAACACCAGUCGAACUGUGCUGGGCAGGUAAAUGUUUGCUUACUGUACAGUAUGUGUGCUUUUUAUAUGGAAGUGAACUAAAAUCUCUGAGGUCUGA